AUGAAUUCUAUGAAUCGAGCAUCAGAUUAUGCUUAUACUUCGCACAAUAUUUCUGUGCCAACAGAAGAAGGAAUUCAAACUCACUAUGCAGCGCAUAAUUUGGAUGAUUUUGGUUUUAUCGAAUGUCAUUCAUCAGGUUCAAAUUCAAGUCAAGGCAGUUCAUCAGGUUUCGAGAGUAUGAAGGUUUGUUUUGUUUUUAAUAAUUAA